ACCACAAGUUAUCCAGACUAGUGGAAUAUCAGAGAAUGACAGGAUCAUUUAUACAGAACAUUGCACACCUAAAAUUUACCAUGUGAUUGAAGAGGAUAAUUUUACCAUUUUGUGUGAAAUCAAGUCUCUUCUUCCAAUCAGAUCUCUUAGGUGGCAGAAAGAUGGGAAGGAUAUUAAUUUACAUAUUGACAAAUACAUAGAUUCUAAGACAUCCCUAACAAUAAAAAAUAUUUCUGAUGAUGAUACAGGAACUUACGAAUGCUUUAUUACCAACUGUUUUGGACUUGGUAACACAACUGUGGACAGAUGUGUUAGUUAUUUAUCUGCCUUACACAGAUGGAUGACAUGGGUGCAGGCAUUACAUCAUUUCAAUGCAUGUAGAAUGGAAGAACAGAAUAAAAUCAAUGUAAUUGUUUACAAAUUACCAGUACCAGAAGAGCAUAAAAUUGAAAAAAAACUAAAAGGUGAUAAAGUUACAAUGAAGCCAUCAUUAAAUGACAACCCAUAUAAUGUAGUAUGGUAUUAUAGAACUGAAGACAUAUUAAGAGCUGUAGACCUAGAUAAAAACGAAGACAUAAAUGAUGAAGCUGCUAAACCAUACUUAUUGGGUGACACUAAAGAUGGAGCUGUCAAAAGAGAUCUACAUGGAAAUACAAAUGAUGGAGCUGUCAAACGUGAUCUACAUGAUGACAAAAAUGGUGAAGCUGUCAAAAGUGAUCUAUUUUGUGACACAAGUGGUGGAGCUGUCACAAGUGAUCUACAUGAUGACACAAAAGGUGAAGCUGUCAAAAGUGAUCGUGAUGUACAUGAUGACACAAAAAGUGAAGCUGUCAAAAGUGAUUCACAUUUUGACACAAAUGCUGAAGCUGUCAAAAGUGAUAUAUUUUGUGACACAAGAGGUGGAGCUGUCAACAGUGAUCUACAUGAUGACACAAAAGGUGAAGCUGUCAAAAGUUAUCUAUUUUGUGACACAAGUAGUGGAGCUGUCAAAUCCAAUUUAUAUGGUGACCAUGGUGACACAAAUGGUGGGACUGUAAAAUCAGAUCUUCAUGGUCAUAAAUAUGAAGGAGGAACCUGUAAUAAACCACCAUUAACUUUCAAGACAGCUGUAUCAGAUAAUGGGCUGUAUGUUUGCUUUGUAGUUACUGCAAAGAGAAAAAUUGUUAGUUGUGGAUGGAAAUUGAAAGUUAUUCCACAAGAGAGGACAUUUAAAGAGGUGUUACAGCAUAGAAAGGAUAAAACUUAUGUCAAAACAUCUACUGUGGAUAAGGCUGUGGAGUGUAUAAAGAAUAAUGGCUUUGUAGUUAUUGUUGGUAGGAAAGGCACAGGGAAAUCUAAAAUGCGUUUACAGCUUGAAUCUGUUUUUGAAGAAAAAGAUUAUCUUCCUUUUGAAGUUCCUAAAAAUAUGAAUGAGAGAGAAAUUGCUGAUCUUAAAUCAACAAAAAUCAUAUUUUUUUUAGAUGAAUUAGAUUAUAGCCCUAAAAGUCUUGACAGAAGACUUGAAGUGUCUGUUAAAAGGAAAGCGAAGGUAAUUGAUACAUGUAGACAUGAAGAUUCAGAUAACAGUCUUCAGCAGAGACUAGGUUUGUUACCAGACAUAUCAGGUACUAGCAAGGCAAAGGGAAUAUUUAUAUGUAGUCAUGAAAAUCUGCCUACUGUUAAAGAAGCUUUACAAAAGAAGAAAAUAUACAGUGAUAAAGCAAUGGUAGACUUGGACAAAAAGGCUAAUAUUAUGACAUUAGAAGAAAAAAGGGAGAUUCUUGAAAAAAUAAGUAAAUCAAUGUCUGCUGAACUUGAUGUGGAUUUAGUCAAUAAAAUCAUCAAAAUAGAACCUUUUUUAGGAUUUCCCCUUGUGGUAAAAAAGUUCUGUUCGAAAAAGAAACAUUACUUACAAAAAGAAGAGAAAUACUUUAUCAAUCCACCCAAAUUCCUUAGAAGGGAAAUUGCAGAUUUGUAUAAAACAUCCGUGGAAUCCAAGAAAACAGAUUUAAUGAAUAAAUAUUGUGUUCUUGCCUACAUUGCAACAGAUAAAAGACAUUGUAUAGAUUUGUCUACCGGUAACACUAAUGUCAAAAAGUUUCAGGAGUUGAUGACAAUAAUUUAUCAUACAUCAACAGAAAGCCCACUCGAGGAUAUAGUUGACCAUGCUGACAGUCUUGUUUGGAAAUAUUUGGUGAAUUCAGACGAUCAUACUUACAAAUUUAUUCAUCCAAUAGUAUCAAAAGCAGUUUUUUUAUCAUCACAACACUUCAUUCAACCUUUAAUUCAAGAAGGCGAAAUAGAGGACAUUAUAGAAUUAAUCAGAGGUGUUAAGUAUGAGCAUUCAGUGGGUGAAUUAGUACUGAAGUUGGAAGAGAAAGAGCUAUACAACAUUUUAUGUGAAAGGUUUACCUCUGUAUUGAUAGAAAAACCAGAUUUGGAUGAAAAGAUUGGUGAUUAUAUUUAUCAUCACUUCGUAAAAAUUCUUGAUGAGAAUUUUAUUAUGAUUCUAUUUCACAAUUUGGAAAAACAUUUUUCAUUUGAAGUCAAAAAGCAGAAUGAAAUUUUGGAGAAAUCGAAAAAGAAAGUUAUGAAAGAGGUAAUUGAAGGAGAAGCUGAUGCAAAUGUUAAUCAGAUGCCCUUGGGCAAAAAAGAUAGUAGCAAAACUGAGAAUAGUUAUUACUCACCUUCAACAAUGAUAACAUUGAUUAAGCAUUUAACAAGAACAAGUAGAGAUUUGUGGAUUUAUUCUCACGUGGAAUAUACUGCACCAGAUUUUAUAAUCUUGUAUGGAUUGAUUAUGGCAUGUAAAAACAACCUUUGUAAAGGAAAUGAAGACCAGAAAAAUAUAUUUGAUUUUAUUCUUGCAUUAUUUAGUCACAGAUGUAAGAUUGAAGACUUUCAGGCUAAAUUGUGUACACCUUUGGACAUGUAUGGCAAUGUGUUCUUUCAUUUUCUUACACUGUUCUGUGAAGAUGAAUCGUAUUUGAUUUUAGAAAAAUUGUUGCUAUAUGUACCACACAAGAAAAUGUAUAAGGUUCAAAAUAUGUCACAGGAAACACCAAUGCAAAUGUCUGCAUUUCUUGGAAAGGCCAAAGUGUUUAAAGUAUUCCUCCAAAAAUCAAAAAUGAAAGGAAAGAAAAGGAAACAUCUUUUAAAGACAGCAGAAAUUGGAAUGACAUUAAGUCAUGGUUCUGGCAGUACAACAUCUGAAAUUAAAUCCUUUUUGAAUUUGGACAAAGAUUUCAGUCAAUUGGUGCUUAGAGGAAAAAAAGAAGAUUAUGCUAACAUUAUAAAAACACUAAAAAAUUAAAAAGUAAUUUCAAGAACUGAACAUACCUAGCUGUAUCUGCCAUCACAUGUCCUUAAUCACCAUCCAUAUUCACCUGUGCACUUGAUGGAAUCCUGUAUCGAAUCUCUACAGGAGUUGACAAUUAAUUCAAGGGCUAUUCUUUUUAUAAAAUGAAUUUUAUCAGCAUACAAUCUAUAUAAAAAUCACUUUAGCUUGAUGUUUUAAAUUUUUUAAUCGGAUUGUUUUUAUCUUGUCAAACUUGAUUUCAAAAUUGACUAUUGGAUUGACCUUUCUUACUUUGUUUGUUUUUUUUAAAUACAAUUUAUAUAAUUGAAGUGAAGGGUUCCCUUAAUCAUAGUUAAAUUUUACGAGAGCGAGUAAAUUAAAAAAAAUAUUUAUCUGUGUACAUUCUACAUAAAAUUCUGUUUCGUUUGAUGUUUAAAAUUUGAGAUACGAUUUAGGUUCAGUUUCUUAAAAA